AUGGAGGCUAAGCUUUUCUUAUCUAAAUAAUGGUUCAUUGACUCUCAUCAAGGCAAUAUAAAGGAGCAAUAUCAUUUCGUUGAAAGACUUGGUGCUGGUGGGUUUGGUGUAGUAUAUUUAGCUCAGGACAGAAAAACAGUUUCUUAGGAUCACCCAAAUAUUAUCAAGUUGUAUGAGAUAUGGGAAUGGUAAUCAAUUUGCUUCUUAGUAACUGAAUAUUGCGAAGGUGGAGAGCUAUUUUACUUUAUUGUUCAGAGAAGGUUCCUUAAUGAAAGAGAGGCAGCUCUGAUAAUGAAGUAGAGUUUUUCUGCUUUGAAGUAUUUGCAUGAGAACAAAAUAUCUCAUAGGGACAUCAAGCCAGAAAACUUUCUAUUAAAGUACAAAGAAGAUAUUACUAAUAUGAAGCUUAUCGAUUUUGGUCUUUCUAAAGAUUAUUCAGAAAUAUCUUGCAUGCAAACUCCCUGUGGUUCUCCAUAUUAUAUUGCGCCUGAAGUAUUCAACCAGAACUAUGAUGAAAAAUGCGAUUUGUGGUCAAUGGGUGUAGUGCUAUAUAUUUUACUAUCAGGUAAAGUACCAUUCCCAGGAGAGUCUCACAAGGAGAUUAUUGAAAACGUGCUGAUGGGAGAGUUCACAUUUAAUCAUGAUACUUUUAAGUCUGUCUCACCAUUAGCCAAGGAUCUAAUUGCUAGAUUGCUAGUAAAAGAUGUGUCAUAGAGAUACUCAGCCGCUGAUGCUUAUAAUCAUCCAAUGAUUUAAAAUAUUGAAAAUAACCUAGAGACUGGUAUCGCUCCUGAGGCAUUCGAGAACAUGAAGAGAUUUAUAGAUGCAGCUAAUCUAAAGAAAGCGACAUUGAUAUAUUUGGCUGCCAAACUUCCUGAGAGAGAUUUUGAGGAACUUAGAAAGUUGUUUAUUUAGGUUGAUUCCAAUGGUGAUGGACGUAUCACCUUAGAUGAAUUCGUCUAGGCACUGAUUAACUAUGGUAUUAACUAUACUCCAGAGGAGACUUGGGAUCUUAUGAACAAAUUAGAUACAAAUUUCAAUGGAUUUGUAGAUUAUACAGAAUUUUUAGCUGGCUGCAUGAAAUCUAAAAUAUAUCUGAAGGAAGAUUAUUUGAGAAUAGCAUUUUCAUAUUUUGACAAGGAUGGCAGUGGGGCUAUUACAAUCGAUGAGCUUAAAUUAGUCUUAGGAGCUGGAGGUAUAGGCAUCCCUGACUAUGAAAUAGAAAAAUUGAUGUAAGAAGCUGACAUCAAUAGAGACAACUAGAUAGACUACUCUGAAUUCCUCGAAAUGAUGAAGAAAGAUCUUUAAAAAUGA